CAACUGUGAUUGUGUUUCUUUCCCGCCCCAGCCGGCGCCCCGGGCGAAGACCUAAGCGCGCUCAGCAGGGAUAACGUGAACAUGGACGUCGGCACCUUCAUGAGCCUGAGGAAAGACUCCAUUCUGAAACUAACCGCUGGCGACAUCCGGGGCUUGCUGGGUCUCAAUCUCAAAGAUCUGAAAGGCCAACAGUACAAUUCACCUGCCCAGGACUGGAUCCGGCUGCAGAGACAGUCCGAGCUGGAUAAACUGGACAUUGGGAUCACAGGGGGAAUCCCAGAUGGCUACAUCAGUCUCCCCCCCAAGCUGGAAAAGCCAACGACGGCCUCUUGGAGCACCCGCGUCAGCGCUUCCCGCCUCCUGCCUGCCCUGCUCCUCAGUGUCCUGCUGACUUCGUUCCUGUCCUGAGAAUCUUCACCUCAGCCAACGGGAAGGCGGAGCGAUGCCUUGAUUUCGCGACCGCGCGUCGCCGCGGGACCCAGGAACACACAACUGAGGGGAGAAACUGGAAGCAGCCGGCACCGUGGGGGGGGGGGGGUCGCAGCUUUCCUUUUGGUAUUCGUUAUAACAAACAGCAGUUCGGUUAGAAAACAAGAUGUGUCAGCUCUUCCAGGCAGGGCCUCGCUGCGUGUUCGGCAUUUGUACAGCACCAAGUGCCCUGCUAUCCUGCUCCGUGGCUGGGGCCCAUAAGUCCUGCCACAUGAUGCAAAUAAUAAAGAAACGUAAUCUUACCUCACACACUGAAUGAUAUUAGCCUAGUAGGCAAAGGGGCUAGCAGGUGGGCUGGUAGCGGGAGAGUGUGCAUGUUUAAUCAUUUAUUUAUUGGAAGCUUGCUGUCUAUAUAAGGAGCUGGGGAGUGCGCAUGGAAAUCGCUAGGUGGUUUUUAAAAAAAAUAAAGGAAA